UUCUGCUCUCCCAUUCAACAAUUCGAGCUCAAUUUCUCCUUCUUCUCCAUGGCUUCCCCUCUCCUUAGACUAACUCUGUCCCGGAACCCUAACCCCAGGAACGUGGUACUACUCCAUCCCGCAAGAUUCAUCAAACAAAUUUGCCCCCUCCGCGGCGGUCUUCGCGGCCCCGGUGGUGCAGCGGGCGGGUCGGUUGAGUCUCUGAGAUUAAUCCGAGCAAAGGCCGUGGAAAUUGGAGCUCCAGAGGGGGCCAUACAGCAUCAGGAUUCAAGGUAUUCGACCAUUCUUCUGGAAGUGGGCGGGAUGAUGUGCGGCGCGUGUGUUUCCCGUGUGAAAUCGAUAUUGUCCGCCGAUGAUCGGAUCGAAUCGGUGGUCGUCAACAUGGUCACCGAGACGGCGGCGUUAAAGCUGAAACUAGUAGUUGACGAGGAAGGGGUGGAAAGGGUGACUGAAGAGCUUGCUGGGAGGCUGGUGGAUUGUGGCUUUACGGCUAAGAGGAGGAGAUUAGGACAAGGGGUGGGGGAAAACGUGAGGAAGUGGAAGGAAAUGGCGGAGAAAAAGGAGGUAUUGCUUGCAAGAAGCCGUAAUAGAGUGUUUUUUGCCUGGACGCUGGUGGCUUUGUGCUGCGGAUCGCAUGCUUCACAUCUCUUGCAUUCUCUUGGAAUACAUGUUGCACAUGGGGCCUUUUGGGAUUUGCUGCAUGAGUCUUAUUUGAAAUGUGGUAUUGCAGCAGCUUCUUUGCUUGGACCUGGAAGGGAUCUUCUUUUAGAUGGCAUCAAAGCAUUCAGAAAAGGCUCACCAAAUAUGAAUUCUCUAGUGGGUUUUGGAUCAAUUGCCGCAUUCCUAAUUAGUUAUGUUUCACUUUUGAACCCGGGCCUGGAAUGGGAUUCUUUCUUUGAUGAACCAGUCAUGCUUCUUGGUUUUGUACUUUUGGGACGUUCCCUCGAGGAAAGGGCCAGGCUGCAGGCUUCUAGUGACAUGAAUGAGCUGCUGUCUUUGGUUGCUACGAAGUCACGUUUAGUGAUUACUUCAUCUGAAGAGCCCACAUCGCCUGAUAGCCUAUCAUGUGCUAGUUCCGUUAGUGUUGAAAUUCCAACUGAUGAUGUUCGGAUCGGAGAUUCACUCUUGGUGUUGCCUGGUGAAACCAUUCCCGUUGAUGGAAUUGUUCUCGCAGGAAGAAGUGUUGUUGAUGAAUCCAUGCUAACUGGAGAGUCUCUUCUGGUGUUGAAAGAUCAAGGUUCACACAUUUCUGCUGGAACUGUUAAUUGGGAUGGUCCCUUAUGGAUUGAAGCCUCAACAACUGGUGCCAUGUCAACGAUUUCCAAAAUUAUUCGUAUGGUUGAGGAAGCACAAGCCCAGGAAGCACCUGUUCAGAGGCUCGUUGAUUCAAUUGCUGGGCCCUUUGUUUAUAGUGUUAUGACAAUGUCGGCUGCUACUUUUGCUUUUUGGUAUUACAUUGGAACAAACAUCUUCCCAGAUGUGCUGCUGAAUGAUAUUGCUGGUCCUGAAGGACAUUCAUUGUUAUUAAGCUUGAAACUAGCUGUUGAUGUGUUAGUAGUCUCCUGCCCAUGCGCACUGGGUCUUGCUACUCCCACAGCUAUCUUAGUUGGCACUUCUCUGGGGGCAAAACGGGGACUUCUUAUCAGAGGAGGAGAUGUUUUGGAAUGUUUAGCAGGCGUUAAUAUUGUGGCAUUCGAUAAAACUGGGACACUUACAGAAGGAAAGCCUGCAAUUACAGCAAUUGCUUCUUUGCUCUACAACGAAACUGAAAUUCUUCGCCUAGCUGCUGCUGUGGAGAAAACGGCUUGUCAUCCAAUUGCAACUGCCAUUUUAAACAAAGCUGAAGUUUUGAAGGUAGAAGUCCCCAGCACUAGCGGCCAGUUAACUGAACCUGGUUUUGGAUCUGUGGCAGAGCUUGAUGGAUCUUUAGUUGCUGUUGGGAAAAUGGAUUGGGUUCAUGAACGUUUUCAGAGUAAAAUAGCUACUCAUGACCUGAUAGAUCUCGAAAAGCGUUUAGGUCGCAUUUCAUCAAAUAGAAUACCAUCAUUGAAUCAGCCGAGUUCAGUGGUUUAUGUGGGCCGUGAAGGAGAGGGCAUAAUUGGUGCAAUAGCAAUAUCUGAUUCCCUUCGCCCUGAUGCAAGUUCAACUGUGAAGAGGCUCCAAGAGAAGGGAAUCAAAACUGUCCUCUUAUCAGGAGACAGGGAAGAGGCAGUGUCUGCUGUGGGAAGGAUGGUUGGAAUUGAAUCAUUUAGGGCAUCUGUAACUCCCCAACAAAAGUAUGAUUUCAUAUCAAGCUUGCAAGCUGAAGGAAAACAUGUUGCAAUGGUUGGGGAUGGCAUAAAUGAUGCACCAUCUUUAGCACUUGCUGAUGUUGGAGUUGCUUUGCCAAUUGAUUCCAAAGAGAACGCAGCAUCCGAUGCGGCUUCUGUAAUACUUCUGGGAAACAGACUUUCUCAGAUUGUUGAAGCCGUAGAUCUUGCUCGAGCAACUAUUUCAAAAGUGCAUCAGAAUUUAGCAUGGGCUGUGGCAUACAAUCUUGUUGCCAUACCCAUUGCUGCAGGAAUACUACUCCCACAGUUUGAUUUUGCUAUGACACCAUCACUUUCAGGAGGGUUAAUGGCCUUGAGCUCCAUCUUCGUUGUCACUAAUUCUCUGCUUCUAAGGCUGCAGUUAAAUGUUGGGAAGAGGGAACUGCGCUGACUAAAGAAAAGAUGGUUCUUUUGAUUUCCCUCUCAAUUCUUUCCACAUUGUAUAUUAACUUCUCUGUAUUAACUAGUUUUCAUUAUUCGCUUGCUUUGCCUAUUUAAUCACUUUAAAUAUUUGAAUAAUAUCAAAUAUAUCAAUUAUUCUUCAUUAAUGCUUCCA